UCCGCCUCCACGUCUGUCUUUCCUGGUCCAUGAUAGCCGGCUUGAUCGCCCAGUGACACCAGUGACAUAAAGGAGAGAUGUACUGGAGAUAGCAGAUGAGAAAAGUUAUGUGCAUGCGAUAUUCUGAUGUUAUGCAGCCGGGAAUGAGCAUGGGAUAUACAAUCGGAUACUGGACUGCAGCGCUACUGUGGACUAUUAACACCGGUCAAUUGACAAUGCAAUUUUAAAAGUUCAUUUUAAAAGCUACAGAAGCAAAUAGUUUGCGCUAUCCACGAAGGAGGCGGUACGGAAUAUAUACGUUGCAAAAUUGAAAGAAGAAUCCAUUUAAUUGACAUCGUUUUAUUUUUAAAAAAGGGCAUUAAAUGUUUUUGUUUUUUUUGUUAAAUGUGUUUUUUUGCGUUUUGUCGUGAGGGAUUUAAACCAGUAUCCAGCGGGCUAAGCAAAAUAGCUGGAUUGUCGAAGAACUGUGCAAGUUAGUGUGUUAAAAAGCUAAUUUGAACUACUUCUGUUCCGUUUUUGUUAACAUGGCAUUCUUUAACGGACCGAGGCUAUUAGACUGGGCGAAUUCACCUCCACACCUGCAGUUCAACAAAUACGUGCUGAAGGGAUACCGCCCAGUAUCUUCCGCCCAGGACUGUGUCAGGAGCCUGUUCUACCUCCACAACGAGCUGGGCAACAUUUACACACAUGGAAUCCCACUGCUCUGCUUCAUGGUGCUGCUCCCCUUCUCCAUCCCCUGGUCUCAGAUCAGCAUCACCUGGCUGGCUGUGGUUCACAUCCUGGCUUGCCUGUCCCCCCACAUAGGCUCUGUGCUCUACCACCUCUUCAUGAACCAUGAGGGCGGGGUACAGGUCUACCACACCCUGCUGGCCCUCGACAUGUGCGGCAUCUGCAUGAUCAACACAUUAGGAGCACUGCAUAUUGUCUACAUCACACUGCUAUGCUACCCCUCAAUCCGCAGCGCCGCCCUGCUGGCCUACAUCCUGCUGUCGGCCUACGGCAUCUACUGCGCGGUGACAGCACGGGACAGCAUGCGUCGCCUACGCUCCUUUGCCUGGCAGGCCCUGUUCCGCUUAACGCUCUUCCUGCUGCGCCGCCUCGGUCUGGGCGUCGGUAGUCCCAGUUCACUGCGGCACUUCAUCGCCAUGGACGCACUGGCUGUGCUAGGGGGGGUCAUCAACAUCAGCCGCUUCCCCGAGCGCCUCCGCCCGGGCUUCUUUGACUACUGGCUCAACAGCCACCAGAUCAUGCACGUGUUGGUGGUAGGUGCCAUUGUGUGCUUGCACUGGGGUGUGGUCGACGACCUCGUGUGGAUCAACGGGUACCUCUGUCCAUCAGACUGACAGCAAGGGCUGAGCAUGUUCUGCCUUAUGGCGGGAGAGCGAACUUGAUGAACUACAAAAGGGAAUAUUCCAUCCAUCCAUCCUUUUUGUUCCUUGUUAAUGUUCCGCUUACAUUUCUCAGGGUUACAUGGGGGACUGGAGAUGCUGGAGUACACCCAGGAGGGAUGCUGGUCCAUCAUACUGCGCAAUCACAAACUAUGGGUACUUUGGAAACACAACUGCACAUUGGGUGGUAACUAAUGUGGCCUAUGUAUGUUUUAGUUUGCUAUGCACAGCCUGUCACCCGGGCCCUGAUAUAUGGUUACAAAAAGGAUGGAUGGAUGGAUGGAUGGGCGAUUAUGCAGAAAUACCACACCUGUGGUUGGUAACCUUUUUUAAAAAAUAAUUACACCAGCAUUUGUUUACAUUACAGUUGUAAUUAAAUUUUUUGUACAGGGAAAAUGGUUCCCAAAAUCUACAGCUUCUCAUGGGUUCAUAAAACACUUAAAAACUUUAGAAUAACGGUAUAAUGUUUAUGUUUUUUCCCUGCUGGAUUUGCCAUGUCUUUGCUGGGGAAAUGGUCCUGAAGUCAUAACCAAAUCAAAUCAGAAGUACCGAGAUGAAAAUGAUACAAAACUGAAAGACCAGACACUGAGCUGUAGACUGAUGAUUCUCCUUUACUGUAUGUGUUGUCGGCAUAUUUUGCACUAAACUGUAUUAACGAGCGAUCACACUAAUUGAAAUUAAUCCUUAUCUGUAUGAUAUAAUAGUGGCUAUAAUUCAAUUAGUGAAAGGUCUUAUCUUGUUAAUGCUAUAGGGACAGAAUGAUUGUAAAAAAAACUUGUAUUGUAAUACACAAUAAGCGGCUUAAGUCUUCCACGUGGCACUUGUCUACUUUAACUAAUUUUACUGAACAACAGUAACUCAAACCUUAAAUAAGUAAUGGGACUAUGAGAUAAAUGUUUUUGGGGGACUAGCAAUAACAUUAAUGUAAGUGGUGCUAUGAUUUUCUUGCAGCUAAGCAAAAAAGACAAGCAAAAAUAUUUCUAAUCCCCUUAUUUAAAUCUCAGUACCUCCUGCCUUUGGAUAAAUUUAUUUAAAUGUAUAAAUGCAGAUCAUUGGAGUAAUUAUAGUUUAUCAAUUAGAUAUACAGCAUACUAUGGCUCUCUAAAGCAGCGUUUCCCGAUCUGGUCCUCGGGAACCUGUUCACGAUUUUGCUCCGGGGAACUGGCAGGGAGCAUGGACCCCAUCUGUGGGUCACCGAAGUCUGGGUUGGGAAACACUGAUAUAAAGAGUCCAAUGAUUUCCUUGAGAUAGAGCCAACCCAGAUUGAGUGGAUGAUGUGUGACAUCAGAGAAAAUGCUCUACUUGUAUGUGACAAGAAUGGUUAGUAGGGAUUCUUACAACAAUAGAUUAACAAGUCUAUCAUUGCUGUAAGAUUAAUAUUAUUUUUCAUAUAAAGUUUCCACUGUGAAGAAAAAAAAACUCGGAUUGAGAACUGGACAGAGAUAAUUCUAUAAGAAACUAAGUUGUUACGUUCUUUAAAAGGCUUCAGAAUCAAAUUAAAAACAAACACAUUUUAAUCGGCUUAUGUAUUUUGCUGAAUUUAUACGUCAUCAUUAAACCUUAGUUUUCUAAUGUGUACAUUACACAGUCAUGCCAUUAACUGAAGAACUUUGUGCACAACAAUGUUAUUCGUCUUUCUAACAGCAUAGUUUUGUGCUUUCUGGCUAAAAUGUCAGGUGAAAGGUAAUUAAAUGGCGCCCCCCAGUGGUAUUCUGUAUUGUGGCGAUUAAAACAGACUGUGCCAAAGCAUUUUCAGAGCUGAGAAAGGGAAAGAAGCAAAACAUUCCAAGCAUGUUCAGAAAUGCUAUUUUCUGAUCGUGGUUUCCGCUCGGUAUGCAGCACAGAAGUGGAAGCUGUUCUGCAUACUAUAUGUUUUGUCCUGGUUACAUUUAAAAUAAAAAGAUGAAAGACUGAAUUACACAAAAGUGAGAAUGACAGAUCAUACCAGAUUAAAGGGCAUAAUUAAGCUAAGGUUCUGCAUUUUCUU